AUGAACAAUCUCUUAUCCAGGGAUGUCCAGGUGAAAAGCAUGGAGCAGACAGUGAAACAUGCUGAGCAGUACCUGGGUGAGAUCUGCUCCCUGCUAGCCUCCUACACCAGGAAGACAGCCAAGCUCAGAGACAAGGCAGACCUGCUGGUGGCUCAGCUCUUUGACUUCUCCAGCAGAGAGGACCCAGAACUCCAGAUCGGCCUGAAAAACAUGGCUGAAGACCUGGCCAUGGUGCAGGACUACAGGCAGGCUCAGGUAGAAAGACUGGAGACAAGAGUUGUUGCUCCACUAAAAACCUAUGGAGACAUAGUUAAAAAUAAAAGGGCAGAUCUUAAGAAGUUCAGCACUGAUGUCAACAGAGAGCUGAAGGAGUUGCAGAAACUGGAAAAAAUCAGACUGAGGAACCCAGCAGAUCGACAGAGCAUUUCUCAGGCAGAAGUAAAUGCUCAGAAGGCUUCCAACAAUGCCCACCGCAGUAUCAGACAACUAGAGGAGACCAUCAAAGACUUCCAAAGACAGAAACUGGAGGAUAUCAAAAGGAUUUUCACAGACUUCAUUACAGUGGAGAUGCUCUUCCAUGCUAAAGCACUGGAGAUCUAUGCCCACACAUACCACAACCUGGAGGCAAUUAAUACUCAAAAGGAUCUGGAGCUGUUUAAUGGGCGGAUUAAGAUGUCUGACUCUCUGGCUGGACUUCUGGACACCCCUCUGACCAGCUACUCUUCUCCCCUCAUGAGCCGCUACCCGAGUCCUCCUCUGGCCUCCCCCAAAAGCCAAAGCCUCAGGCCAAUGUUGGCCUCUACCACAGGUCAAAUCCACAGGAAACAUCACAGCCAGUAUCCUGAGACAGUCAGGAGGUCUCGCACCACCUUACAACGCCAGAGAGGCAAGGAGGAGGAGGAACAGGUGGAGGAGAAAGAAGAGGAGGAAGAAGAAGAAGAGGAAGGAGAGGAGGAGAUUUCUGAAUCAGAGAUAGAAGAAGGUCAGCACACCAGCAGGCAAUCCUAUGCGGCUCAAUAUGCCCAUAUACGCAGAUGGCAGAAGUAA